AUGGCAACUGUACUGAAGAAGACGAUCUUGAUCACGGGCUGCAGCACCGGCGGCAUCGGCUGGGCCAUGGCCAAGAACUUUCACCAGCGAGGGUUUUAUGUCUUCGCUGUAGCGCGGAAUCCCUCCAAGACCGCCGACCUCGCCGAGCUGAGCGACAUCGAGAUCCUCGAGCUAGACGUGACCGUCCCAAAGACCAUCGCGCACUGCAAGGAGAUAGUCGCGAAACGCACGGGCGGGCGCCUCGACGUCCUGGUGAACAACGCCGGCGUCGAAUUCAACAGUCCACUGCUGGACACCGACGUCGCCGAGGCGAAGAGGCUGUACGACGUCAACGUCUGGGGCCCUCUCGCCAUGGUCCAGGCGUUUGCGCCCCUGCUUAUCGAGGCCAAGGGAGUUGUCUUCAACCAGAGCUCCAUCGACGGGGCUCUGAACAUGGUGUGGGCGGCGCGCAUGUCGGAAACCCUACGGGUCGAGCUCGAGCCGCUGGGCGUGCGCGUCGUGACGUCCAUGUGCGGGUCCGCCGACACGCCCAUGUUUGGUAAGCCCGGUGGUCCCAUGGACCUGCCCGAGACGUCGUACUACCACGGCGUCCAGGACGCGGCGUGGAAGGAGCGGAUGGACCACCAGCGCCAGGCUACGAACGUCGAUGUGCUCGCCGAAAAGCUGGUUAAGGAUAUUCUCGGCGGGGCUAGGGGCGUCAUCUGGCACGGGGCGUUUGCUCCGUCGGUGCGGUGGGCGAGCUGGCUGAACGUUACGUGGUUGCUGGAUAGAUUAAUCAACUCGGCACGGGGCUUAAGUCAGGUUAAACGAUUCUAG